AUGCGCUGGAUCACAUCUUUGGUCAUGACAGCGAUCCUGAAGACAGAGGGGAAAAUGAUGAAGCAGGAAGGAGAGAAAGAAAUGGCAAGUAAGUUAGAGAUGAGCUACAGCGCCAUCAAGCAGCUGUCGUUGGAGAAGAAGCUCUGUGAUGUUCUCAUCAAAGUGGAUGGUGCCGAGUUCCACGCGCACAAGAUCAUCCUGUGUGGCUGCAGCGAUUACUUCACCGCUCUGUUCACCAGCAGCUACUGCCCUCCAGAUAAGCACGAGUACAGCAUCCCUGACAUUUCCUCUGAGAUGAUGGAGCUGAUCAUGGAGUACGCGUACACAUACCGUGUUCACAUCACGGAGGAAAACGUGCACGAGCUGCUGAUCACUGCUGAUUAUCUGAUGGUGAGAAGCCUGGUGAGUGAGUGCUGUGCGUUCCUGAAGGCUCAGCUGUGUCUGGAGAACUGCAUUGGCAUCUGGUGUUUCGCUUGCGUUCAUGCUUUUGAGAAGUUGAAGCAGCAGGCCUUCCAGUUUAUCUUACACAACUUUGAGAUGGUGCGCGUCUCUGAGGAGUUCCUGGCGCUGACGGUCGAGCAGCUCGGUGAGAUCAUCGAGAACGACGAGCUGAACGUGAAACAGGAAAAUGUGGUGUUCGAGACCAUCUUACAGUGGAUGAGACACGCGCCGCAGAGUCGGAACGCACACAUGGGAGUGUUACUGGCCAAGGUGCGUCUGGCGCUACUGACGUACGAUUACUUUAGGGAUCACGUGAGGAACAACGCUUUAGUGAAGGACAACGCAGCAUGUAAGCCGAUCAUCUCCAGAGCUCUGCAGAGUAUCCUUCGGCUCAACGUGAACGAAUCUCUCGGCUCCGAGUUCACACGGCGCCGCCUCCCUAACGCCGUUCUGCUGGUAAUCGGUGGCCGGAGCCACAGGGGCCCCACCAAUAGCAUCGAAGUGUAUGAUACGCGAGCGAAGCGCUGGGUCAAAGCGACGUGCCACGAUGAGAAUCCACGAAUGCAUCACGGGACAGUGUACCUGAAUGGCUUUGUGUACUGCAUCGGAGGAUUUGAUGGGAACAGUUACACCAACACUGUGAGGAGGUUUGACCCCGUCACCCGAACCUGGGCUCAGGUGAGCCCCAUGCACACUCGUCGAUGUUACGUGAGUGCGUGUGUGCUGGCGGGCCGUAUCUAUGCCCUGGGAGGAUUCAGUGGCAAUGAAUGGCUAGACACAGUCGAGCGAUAUGAACCGGAGACUAAUCAGUGGAGUAUGAUCGCACCGAUGCACGAAAGACGAAGCGACGCAGGUGCUACAGCACUGAACGGCAAAGUGUACGUGUGUGGCGGGUUUGACGAGGACCAGCACUUGUUCACGGCGGAGUAUUACAAUCCUCAAACGGACCAGUGGACUGUCAUCCCCCCCAUGAGGCGCAGAAGGUGUGGAGUGGGUGUGGUCUCAUACGAUGGACAGGUUUACGCUGUUGGUGGAUUUGAUGGUAUUAUUUUUCACAGAAAUGCAGAGGUGUAUAAUCCUCAGACUAAUUCAUGGAGAGCCAUUCCAUCCAUGAUGAAAUCGCGCAGCCACUUCGGCAUUGAGGUGGUGGACGAUCUCCUGUUUGUUGCUGGAGGACGUAACGGCUGUGCAACCAUCAGUGAGGUGGAGUGUUACGAUAAGAAAACUGAUGCAUGGUGUGCAGUCAAAGACAUGAAGGUUUCACGCAGCGCUCUGAGCUGCUGUGUGCUGUCUGGUUUACCCAACAUGGCCGAGUACACCGCACCCCGAGACGAAGUCCCCCAGAGCUCACAGAGCAUGAGCGGCUUCCUCACACUUCCUGCUUAA